CAGCGUCUGAGGACAAUGGCGGCGAGGCGCGCGCGCAAGCUGCAAACCGUAUUCCUGAAAAGUCAUACUUGCUAUAAAUUAGGGCACGGUUCCCUCUGGAUUUUUUCGAAUGCAUCUGCAGCAGCAAAAAGAAAAAGAAAUUGAAGAUAGAGUAGAGAUGAAGGGCGGGAGGACAAAGACGGAAGCGGCGCCGACGCCGACACCUCCCUCUCCAAAGCAAGAGGACGAUAAUGGGGUGGCCGAGGAAGAUGAGGAGGAGGAAGAAGAAGAGGAUGAAGAGGAAGGAGGAGAAGGAGAGGACAAAGAAUCGGAGGAUCGGCCAAAGCUCGACGAUGGGUUUUACGAGAUUGAAGAUGUGAGGAAAAAGAGGGUUCGCAAGGGUCGACUCCAGUAUCUUAUUAAAUGGCGUGGCUGGCCAGAGACUGCAAACACCUGGGAACCUGUCCAGAAUCUCCAAUCCUGCGCUGAUAUUAUUGAAGCCUUUGAAGAAAGCUUACGAGCCUCCAAAUCCUCUCGGAAGCGUAAGCGCAAGUAUGGGGGUCCUCAUAUUCAACCCAAGAAGAAACGCACCAGUGGCAAGCUUGAUGGGGAUUCUCUGCUCCCACCCACUCUAGAAAGACCCAAUCCUGCAAAUGGAAUUGGGCCAGAUAAUACUGCAGAUGAUAAAACCGAAGGUGAAGGGGAUGGUGUGGAGGAGCAUGGAAAUAGUGGUAGUAAGGCGGAACAACCUGAGCAGCCAACAGAGAAUGGAUCUGCCGGUGGCCUGCAACACGGGGAAAGGAAAACAGAAAAUCAAGACAAUGCUAAUCGAGGUGAACUCCAGCGAACAGGCUGUACUGAGGAGAACUCUGGGAACAUUUCAAUCCUUUUCCCUGAUAGCAGGCCUUCAGAAGAAGAUGUUUCUACAGAUGGGCAUUCAAAGAUUGAAUGCAUGCAACUUGCUCAAAGCAGUCGUUUCACUGGAGCCAAGAAGAGGAAAUCUGGUUCUGUGAGGAGGUUUAAACAGGAUCUGGCUGCAGGUGAUCCCGAGGAGGCUCAGAAUGCAGCUGCAAGGAGUGCAAUUGACUCUCGUGAUAAGUGUGACUUAUUGGGGAUCGAAGAUGUUGAAUCAGUGGGGGAUGAAGCAGGCGAUAGAAACAAGCUUGAUGAUUGCACAAAUCCACCUUUUAUUACCAAGCUCAUCAAGCCUAUUGGUUACUCUGCUUCCGUAUCCAACAAUGUACAAGAUGUGUCAGUAACAUUCACGGCUUUGAGGUCUGAUGGGAAGGAAGUGGUGGUGGAUAACAAAUUUCUGAAGGCCAACAAUCCACUGCUGUUGAUUGGCUUUUAUGAGCAGCAUCUUCGCUACAGUCCCCCCAUAUGAAUUUGGGUUCCUGGGAGCCUGUUGGGAUUUGCUUAAUUCAGUGGAAGUGGAUGUUACCUCUCCAGAUGCUUCUUGUCAUUUUGGUUUCUGGUUACUGAAGGAGGCUCUAUAAGCUGAUUCAUUGGGCAUCAUAAACAUGCUCAUGCUGUUGUUGAGUAGUUUAUCUUGACAUGUGUGCACUACAUCUAAUGAUAUGUUAGGUGUUUGCUGCGAAUUUCUGCUGAAGCUGGCUGGCUAACAGAAAUGGGUAGUGGUAUAUUUCCAUCUAAUGCCUGUGUUGUUUUUGCUAUCCUAGUUGUAACUAUUCCAUAAAUUCCUUUUCCGUUCUUGGGAUGUUUUCAGCUAGUAGUCCCAACGUAUCUUAUUGUAAUAUGUCAGGAUGUAUUCGAGCAAACCUCCCACGGAUUUAAUCUACUCUUCCCUUUGAGGUUUGCUAAACGCAGUAGUGUACAAGGCAUGUCAUCAAUAUGCUGUAAUGUGUGCUAGAAUGGCAGAUGGUUGUGA